AUGAAUAGUAAGGACCAUGUAAUUGUCGGUGUUCUUGAGGCAGAAGCUGAUCCUUUAGUAUCUGUAAUGAAGCUAGAAAAAGCACCAUCUGAAACUUAUGCUGAUAUUGGUGGAUUGGAGUCACAGAUACAAGAAAUUAAAGAAUCAGUUGAACUUCCACUUACCAACCCUGAACUUUACUCUGAAAUGGGUAUAAAUCCUCCAAGGGGUGUUAUACUGUAUGGUGAACCUGGUACUGGUAAAACUCUAUUAGCCAAAGCAGUAGCUAAUCAAACAUCUGCAACAUUCCUUAGAAUAGUUGGAUCUGAACUAAUUCAAAAAUAUUUAGGAGAUGGUCCUAAGUUGGUUAGAGAUAUGUUUAAAGUAGCUAGAUUACAUGCACCUUCAAUUAUUUUUAUUGAUGAAAUAGAUGCUAUUGGACAUAAGCGUUAUGAAACCGAUUCAGGCGCAGAUAGAGAAAUUCAAAGGACUAUGCUUGAAUUACUCAAUCAAUUAGAUGGAUUUGAUACACAGGAUGAUAUUAAAGUUAUAAUGGCAACGAAUAAAAUUGAAACAUUAGAUACCGCUUUAAUCAGACCAGGAAGAAUUGAUAGAAAAAUUUACUUUGGAUUACCAGAUGCCAAAACUAAAGCAUCAAUUUUUAAGAUUCAUACAUCUAAGAUGACUUUAGAUAAAAACGUUAAAAUAGAACAGUUAAUUAGCUCUCAUGAAGAUCUCAAUGGUUCAGAUAUUAAAGCAAUUUGUACAGAAGCAGGUAUGAGAGCUUUGAGAGAAAGAAGAAAGUAUGUUUGUAUGGAUGAUUUUGUAAAAGCUCAAGAAAAAGUUUUUUAUUCUAAAAAAUCAGAACUUCCAACAGGAUUUUAUUCAUAA